AUGUCUCUUGGCCGCGUUCUCACCCUCAAGGAUGGAAACAAAAUCCCCCAGAUCGGUUUGGGGACUUGGCUCAGCAAGCCGGGUGAGGUGAAGGCUGCCGUCGAGCACGCGCUCAAGGUCGGCUACCGGCACAUCGACGCCGCGCUCAUUUACGGUAACCAAGAAGAGGUCGGUCAAGCGUUGAAGACGACGAGUGUGCCGCGCAAGGAGAUCUUCAUCACAUCUAAGCUUUGGAACAACUCCCACCGGCCCGAGUUCGUCGAAAAGGACCUGGACCUCACCCUCAAGCAGCUCGGCACCGACUACCUCGACCUGUACCUCAUCCACUGGCCAGUCCCCUUCAAGCCAGGAGACGAGCUCUCUCCCGCCAACGAGGACGGCACCGAGGCACUUCUCGAUCUCGACGGCGGCCCGAGCAUCGUCGAUACCUGGAAAGCCGUCAUCGCUGUCCAGAAGACCGGCAAAGUGAAAAGCAUCGGCGUCUCCAACUUCACCGUCGCGCACCUCGAGAAGAUCAUCAGCGCAACGGGCGUGGUGCCAGUGAUGAACCAGGUCGAGGCGCACCCGGCGCUGCAGCAGCCGGAACUGGAGAAGUACUGCGAGGAGAAGGGGAUCAAGAUCACGGCUUACAGCCCGCUCGGGAACAAUGUCAGCGGCAAGGUGCGCAUCAUCGACACGGUGCCGGUGCAAAAGCUCGCCAAGGAGCAAGGCCGUGAUGCUGCGCAGAUUCUCAUUGCUUGGGGCGCGCACAAAGGUUUCUGCGUCAUUCCCAAGUCAGUCACGCCCAAGCGCAUCGAGAGCAACUUCGACGACCUCGAACUCAGCGCGAAGGAAUUUGAGGCGAUUUCGAAGGUCGGGCGCGAGAACCCCGUGCGCUACAACAUUCCGUACCUAUACAAGCCGCGCUGGGAUAUCGAUGUGUUUGUGGAAAACAAGGGGUUGACCAUCGUCGUAGGAUCCGAAGAGGAGAAGGCUGCGAAGCACAAGGUUCGCUGA